AAUAAAAUACUCUCCCGUCCCCCCACAUACCUCCUCACCCUUCCUCUCACAAACGCUCAACUGCAGAAGAGAGAGAAACCACCGAGAGCGUACUAAUGAGUCCUUGGACUCUACACCGCAGCUCUGUCUGAAGUGAAAGCAGAAGCAACGAGGCACAGGACAAGACGUGUCGGGAGGUGGAAGACGAAGAGGCGAGAAGCUGUACCUGACUGUACCAUCGCCAUUCUUGGUUUUGGUUGCUGUUGUGAGAUGUUGGAUUAGAUGAGAGGAAUGCCCUUUGCUGGUAGCGCACGAGAGGGCCACGCGGGGACAUUGCUGCUGCUGCAACAACAACAGGGGCUCGCCGCCGGCAAGGUCUUCGGCGCCGGCGGUCUCUGGGAGCCCACCUCGGUGCUCGACCACCGCCCCAGCCCCAGCCCCAGCCCGCCGACCUCGGCUUCCACGCUGUCGUCGCCCCUGGGCGCCGCGACCGCCGGCGUGGCGGCCCUCGCCGGUUCUAACGCCAAGAACAUCUCCCCACCGCCGGUGGCGGCGGCAUGGCCGGGUGGAGCGGCUGCGGAGGAAGCCGCGGCGGGGGGGAAGGAGGAGUGGCAGCUCACGCCGCUUGAAAUGGGCCUUGGCGGCGGCGAGGGGUGGGACACCGCCAGCUCUGUUCUGUCCGACAACGCGGCGCCGCCGGGUCUCGCACCCGACCACACCUUCCUCAGGUGGUUCAUUGGCGGUGAGGAGGCGUCUGCGGCCAUGGGGGGCGUCAUGGACCCGCCGGUCCUUGAGCUCGACCACGCCCCGUCCAUGAUGUCGCCGGCUUUUGGGCCCAACCUAUCGUUCGCGCCGGCCAUGGAGGACACAAAGGCGGCGCCUUUUGGCCACGCGCCGAACUUCCUGCUCCACCAUCAUCAGCACCACCCCCAGCCACACGCGGCGUUCUUCGGCUCGCACCCGUCCUUCGACGCGGCGACGCCACCGUCGAAGCGGCACCACCCGAUGGCCGGCGCGCCGGCGCCAAAGCUGUCUCCUUUCCCUGGCCCCGUCGCCCCGGCGGGCGGGCUCGUGCCCACCCUGAAGCCCAAGGCGGAGGCAGUGAACGAUGAGGCGGCCGCCGCGGUGGACCAGCUCGCCGCGGCGACCAGGCUCGCCGAGGCCGGCGACGCCUUCGGCGCCCGCGAGAUAUUGGCGCGGCUCAAUUAUCGGCUCCCCGCCGCCCCCACGGCCGGGACGCCACUGCUCCGCUCAGCCUUCUACUUCAAGGAGGCUUUGCGCCUUGCGCUCUCCCCAACUGGCGAGGCCCCCACGCUGCCGGCGUCCACGCCGUACGAUGUGGUCCUCAAGCUCGGCGCGUACAAGGCCUUCUCCGAGGUCUCCCCCGUGCUCCAGUUCGCGCACCUCACCUGCGUGCAGGCGGUGCUCGACGAGCUCGGCAGCGCUAGCUGCAUCCACGUGCUCGACUUCGACAUCGGCAUGGGCGAGCAGUGGGCGUCGCUGAUGCAAGAGCUCGCUCAGCGCCGCCCCGCGACGGCGCUCAAGGUCACUGCAUUGGUGUCGCCGGCGUCGCACCACCCGCUCGAGCUGCAGCUCAUCCACGAGAACCUCUCCGGCUUCGCCGCCGAGCUCGGCGUCCUCUUCCAAUUCGCCAUCUUCAACAUCGACAACCUCGACCCCGCAGAGCUGCUCGCCAUUGCCGGCGGCGACGCCCUCGCAGUCCACCUCCCCGUCGGCUCGGCCCACGUGGCCGCAAUGCCGGCCAUCCUCCGCCUCGUCAAGCGGCUGGGCGCGAAGGUCGUCGUCUCCGUCGACCACGGCUGCGACCGCACGGAACUGCCCUUCGCCGCGCACCUGUUCCAGGCGUUCCAGUCCUGCGUGUCCCUUCUCGACUCCAUCGACGCCGUGGGCACGGACGCCGACACGGUCGCCAAGAUCGGGCGGUUCCUGGUCCAGCCCGGCGUCGAGCAGCGUGUGCUCGGGCGCCACCGCGCGGGCAUGGACAAGCCUCUGCCGUGGCGGACCGUGUUCGCGUUGGCCGGGUUCGUGCCGGUGCAGGCCAGCACCUUCGCCGAGUCGCAGGCCGAGUCGCUCCUCAAGGUGGGGUUCCGCGUCGAGAAGCGCGGCGGCGCGCUCUGCCUCUACUGGCAACGCGGCGAGCUCGUAUCCGUGUCCGCAUGGCGGUGCUGACCACCGGCCACGCCGUCGCCGGCCUCCGGCAACCGUGAAUCUACCAGCCCGGUUUAGCUAGGACUAAUGAUCCUACUACAAGCAAAAAUAUUUUCACUAUUGUCGUUGUAAUGAUCUGAUCUGAUCACCUGCUUAUUAGUGUCCUAAAUUGGAGUACGUUGUCUGUCGCCUGGCUAGCUUGCAGCCGUUCGUUCUGCUCAGUUGAUUAGCAGAGUGGGUUGUGUUUUGCAGGUUGUAAAGGUAGGUGUGGUGCAGUUAACCAAUGCAUUCUACCACCCUUGUUGCUACUCAAUUGCUGUGAAAUCAACGGUUAUGGUUUUUGAAA